AUGAGGUCGCGACGCACCAUCUCCAUCGUCUCAUGCCAUGCCGAGGGCGAGAGCGGAGACGUGAUUAUCGGCGGCGUGCUCGAUAUCCCAAGCUCGACCAUGCACGAGAAACUUGUCAAGUUCAUCGACAAGUACGACGGGCUUCGCAGGCUGGUUCUCCACGAGCCCAGGGGCCGGCUCGAAAUGAGCGCCAUGAUCGUCGUGCCUCCAUGCGACCCUAGAGCCGAUGCAGGCUUCCUCAUCAUGGCUCCUGGCGACUGGGUUCCCAUGUCGGGCUCCAACACCAUUUGCACGGCCACUGUGCUGCUGGAGACUGGAAUGGUUCCUAUGAAGGAGCCCACCACCGUUCUCAACUUGGAUACUGCGGCAGGUCUGAUCACGGCUACGGCGGUGUGUGAGGAUGGCGCGUGCACAUCUGUAUCGUUUGACAAUGUGCCCGCAUUCGUCUACGCUUUGGAUAAGGAUAUCGAUGUUCCGGGGGUCGGGAGAAUCCUUGUUGACAUUGCGUACGGCGGGCAGUGGUAUGUGCUGGUUCAAGCGGAGGCUUUGAGGGUUACUGUCAGUCUAUCCGACGGAGAUCGUCUUGUCGAGCUAGGCAACCGAGUGAAGAAGGCCGUCCUGGAUACGUGCACGCCAGUCCAUCCCGAAAACAGCGCCAUCAGAGGCAUCAAUAAUAUCAUCAUUAGUGAACCUUUGCUUUCGGGGCCCGAGGGUCUAUCGGUUCAGCACACGGUCAUCGUAACCCCCGGGAGGCUGGAUAGGAGUCCGUGUGGUACAGGGAGCUCCGCUCGUCUCGCAAUUCUCCAUGCAAGAAAACAAAUCGAGGUUGGACAGGAGGUGAAGUUUAAGAGCAUUAUCGAUACCAUGUUCUUGGGACGUAUUAAAGAAAUUGUCAAGGUCGAGUCUCACGAUGCGGUCGUUCCCAAUAUUACCGGCAGAGCAUGGAUAACUGGGGAAAAGCAUCUAUAUGUUGAUCCACGGGACCCUUUCCCUGAGGGAUUUCAAGUUUAG